UUCUUCUCCCACCCAACCCAACGACCGUCUUCUAUUCUAUUCCCCUCCUCUCCUCAUUUCGGCCGUCCUCCCUCCCCUUCUCUAAUCCGCUCCGCGACAGUGCACGCCUCCUCCCGCGGCGGCGCCCUAGGGUUAGCGUUCCGGCGACUCGCUCCCCUCCUGCCGGCGAUCGUGGGGGAGAUCCAUGUCGUGCGACCCGCCGCCGGUGGCCCCGCCCGGCGCGGCGGGGGUGGAUCCCCAGCCCGCGCCGGACGCCGAGCCGUCCGAGGUGAUGCACCGGACGAGAGCCGUCGACUUCCUCGGCCGCCGCACGCCCAUCGUCUACCAGAACGACAACGGCCCGUGCCCGCUACUCGCCAUCUGUAACGUGCUGCUGCUGAAGAAUGUGAUCAGCCUGAACCCGGACGCCGGCGAGGUGUCGCAGCAGAAGUUGCUCUCGCUCGUCGCCGAGCGCCUCAUCGACUCCAACAGCAGUGUGCAGGGCAAGGACGAGGAGUACGUUCGUAACCGGGAGCAGAACGUCGCGGACGCGAUCGACCUUCUGCCACGCCUCACGACCGGCAUCGACGUGAAUGUGAUGUUCAGGGAGAUAUAUGACUUUGAGUUCACCCGAGAACGUGCCAUAUUUGAUCUUCUGGAUAUUCCACUAUACCAUGGAUGGAUAAUGGAUCCUCAGGAUACUGAAACUGCUACUGCUAUUGGAUCGAAGUCCUACAAUGUUCUUGCUGCUGGGCUUGCUGAAUUUAAGUCAGGGAAACCAAUAGAAGAGAGUAAACAUGUGGAGGAAGAAACUGUUGAUUUUGCUAUUGCAACAGCUGCGGCAUUAAAGAUUCCUUCACCCAGUGUUUCUCGAGGGAGAUCAUUUGAUGAACAUACACUCUCAGACCCAGCUGAACUGCAAAAAAGGCGAGGUGACCGUGAGGAAGAAGAGGAACUGAUGAGAGUCCUUAAUCUAUCCAAAACUGAUACUGUAGAUGAUGUUGAUGGAUCUGUUUCCUUUGACACAUCGCAUAAUCAUCCAUCCUCCAACGUGGAGGAAACACCACAUAGUGAGAGCUUCCGAUCAGAGGCAACAGAGAGGGUGGGAGCAACAAAUAAAGAGGAACAUGGUAACCAUGCUGUGAGUGAUGAUGCUUCUAUGCUACAGGACUCAAAUGAUGUUGCUAAUGGCAGUCAAGUUGUGCCCGAAGCUUUGACAUCUAAAGAACCAGAGGGCAAUGGAAUAAAGAAGUUUCCAGAGGACCUUGAUAUAUCUGUUCAAUCCUCAGAAUCUGCUCCUGCUUGUUCGUCUCAUGAAUCUUUUAUUCCUAGUGACCAACUUGCUGCUUCUACUCUUGAUGAAUCUGGUAAAGAAACUUGCAGUGAACAUUCUGAUGUGCAAAUUCAUGGCCAGUCUACUGAUACUGAGGUCACUUGUGUCUCAUCAGUUGCAGCUUGUGAAGCUGCUCCAAGUCAUGCUACAACAGAGCUGGAUGGGAAAUGUGAGUCUUUAGAUAAUUCUGAGACCCUCUCUUUAAGCAUUCAGGAAAAUGAACCAAUUUACCAAGGAGAAGAGCACAUACUUGGCACCAGAAAUAUGGUAUCUGAAAAUCAAGAGCCAGUAUAUGAGGGUGAGCUGGUUCUCGCUGAGCAGGCUGACAAGAUUGGGGAAAGUAGUCAUUGCUUGGAAGACAAAACUGCUGAGCAUCAAUGGGUGCUUAUUGACAAUUUUUUGCGGAACACUGCUAACCAGCUAACUGUCUAUGGUCUCUUCUGUUUACAAGAGGGACUUAACGAGAGAGAGCUUUGCGUCUUCUUCCGUAAUAACCACUUCAACACAAUGUUCAAGUAUAAUGGAAGUCUAUAUCUCCUAGCAACCGAUCAGGGUUUUAUAAGCCAAACUGAUUUGGUAUGGCAAAAGUUGGAUGAGGUGAAUGGAGAUGGGGUUUUUCUGACUAGCAACUUCACGCCAUUCAAUGCUGAAAUUCCGAGAAAUGAUUCAUGGAAUGAACAGCAGGCUAUGACGAGCACUGCUGACUAUCUUGCUCAAUUUGAUAACUCAACUUUACCACAUUCAUCUGAAAACUCUGAUCUAGAGCUAGCUAUAGCGCUUCAACAGCAGGAGUUUGAGCGGCAACCUCAAAGAUACCAGCCUCCACCACCACCACAGCAGCAACAGCAAAAUCAGACGCAGCAACCACCGAAUCAAUCUGGCCGACCAGGACUUGUCGUUGGUCCAAGGAGGUCCAACGCCCCACCCCCACCAAGAAGUGAGUCGAAGAAAGAGAAGUGCAUUGUCAUGUAAAAAUAUCUGCAACAGAAGGAAAAGAAAAAAAGAGAUAAGACGCAUUAUACUGUAAAGAAUUAGUUUAUUUUGCCGAGGCAGUGUCUGUUUUUAGCCACUUCGAGCCAUUUCCCAUUCGACCUCGUUCGUUUUCUUUGUUUUCUGUUGUGCAUGUAAAUAACCUCAAUGAAUAAAGUGUAGAAACAGAUGCUGUCGAAAUGAUAGCCCCGUGCAAUGUGAUUGAUUCAUCGCCCA